AUGGCUACCGCAGCUCUCGCCAUGGUACACGACGCCGCCGUCGAGGUCCAGUCUGCCGAGGAGGCUCAGCGCGACUUUCUCCUCCAAGGCGUCUUCAUCCACCCCGACCACCUCGCCCAAGGCUUCUUCGCCGACGAGUGCACCGACUACUCGUCCUCGUCUGGAUCGUCGAGUUUGCUCUCGUACGACGACGAGGAGGACGUCCCCACCGACAGCUUGUCGGGCCUCGCGCUCGAGUGCACCUUCAGCUCCGCCCAGCAAGAGGAGACGCGUGACUACUUCGCCUCGCGCCAGGUCUUCACCAACGCGUCGCCCUUCGCUCCCAGCAUGCCUCUAGCAGAGACCGAGCAGCAGUCGCCAUCGUUCUCGGACGCGUUCCCUCUCGCUCCGACUUUCUCGCGCCGCUCCUCCUGCAUGUCCGUCGCGUCGGACGUCCCCAUGUCGCCCGCCAUGCCCGCAACGUUCUCGUUCGCAACGUUCGCGGCCCCGUCGUCGCGUCCCUCUACCCGUGCCCCUUCGCCCGUCCGUGUGCACCCUUACGUCCGGCCGACUGGCGCCGACAUGAUGCGGUCGGUCUCGUCGCCCGUCGAGACGCAGCGCCAGCUCGAGGAGCGCCAGCGCCGCAUGUCGACCGCCGAGAACGUCAUGGACGUCCGCGCGAUCAAGAUGGCUCGGAGCAAGUCGACCGCGUCGACCCCGACCGGCGAGGCCUUCUCCGGAGGCGCUUCGAUGGCUCACACCUCCGGCAAGCUCUUCUCGCCUCUCGCUGCGUCGUUCGGUGAGGACUGGGGCAAGACGCUCCCGCCGCGCGAGUCGGAGGCGCCGCCUCUCGUCCCCUUCCCCUACAACGUCGCCCGCCCUCCCGUCUCGCCGACACGCAACGCACGCUCGCACUCGUUCGCAGGCCGCGAGAACGUCUACAUCGCGCCUGCGCAUCACCGCAACUCGAUCCACUGCAUCCUCCCGCCCUCCGCAUCCUCCGGCGCGCCCGCUCCCUCGUCACCGACUAUGCCGCGCCACGCCCGCCGCGCCUCCCGCAUGAGCAUCGCGCCUCUCACGCCGAUCCUGCCACAGUCGCCCGAGCUCCACCCAAUCGACGAGAUGAGUUGCGCCGCGCAGGCCACGGCAGCAUACGUCCCUUCGACGGCAUCUCCGGUUCGCAACCGUCUCCAGCGCGGCAUGACCUUCUAG